UUUGAUGCGAUACUCCGAUGAUAAUCCCCUUCAUUACAUCAUUCUAAGACCAAAUCAACAUUAAUACUUUUUGCGCGUUGUGCUGUCAAUAUUUUUUUGUGAAGUUCGUUUUUUUAGCCAUCCGUUUUUUUCUAUUUGUCGGUUAGUGCUUAUGAAAAAAAAAAUAAUUCUCUCAUAUAAGCGUUUAUAAACAUACAUGUUAUUGUGAUUAUAUUAUCACGUAUUAGAGUCAAAGAGAUGUGUGCGUGUGUGUGGGUUUAAAUUCCUUCAGAAAUUUGAUCGUGGGAGUAAGAAAUGAAUAUUUAAGGAGACUAACUGUGAGACCCAUCUUUCAGCAAGGAGCAUAACCGAUCAGGUACGUUAUUACGUCAGGUAAAAAUUGGAGACAUGAAGCUUCUGACAUUUGUGACAGUGCUCUCCUCAGCGUCCUGCUGCUCGGCUUACAAUAUUCUAGUGUUUUCUCCAUAUCCCACAUGGAGUCAGUACAUUCAAAUGGAGCCCCUUUUCUCCGCUCUAGGCCUUCGUGGCCACAAUGUGACUGUCGUUAGUCCCUUCCCGCCAAAAAAGGAGCAAUCGCAUUUCCAUCACAUCCACUUCGUCGCUGAUCUUUACUGGAAAAUUAAGUUCUCUGCUCCGACGUCCCUGAAAGAUUGGAUGGCAGAGAUUAAAGACAAACGACUACCCAUCGACUUUUGGAAAGAGUUACCGGACGCGAGUAUGCCCGAAAUUCUUGAGUCCUCAGUUUUUCAAGACUUGAUUCACAAUGAAAACAAAUUCGACUUGGUGUUCAUGGAGGUGUUCUUCGGCCAGGAACCGCUCGUCGUUCUUGGGCAUCUCUUGGACGCUCCCGUGGUCGCUUUUGCAACUUUUGGUCACAUGCCUGAUAUCUUAAGGUACAUGGGCGCCCCGAACGCUGUGGCUUACCUCUCACAUUUCAACGUGGACUACGCGGGCUCGCUGAUCCUGACCCAAAGGCUAGAGAACGCUUGGAUUCAUUACAGGACGACGCUCUACGACGAGUACUGGUAUUACCCGCAACACGACGCUGUUUUGGCCAAGUAUUUUCCCGGACCCCUCCCCAGCAUCUCUGAUAUGCUAAGGAACAUCUCGCUAUUCUUUCUCACUGCCAAUACUGCCGUCGAUGGGGCUAAACUUUACCCACCUAAUGUUAUUGAGCUUCCUGUGCUGCAUCUCAAAGAUCCAGCACCUUUGGAUAAGGAACUGGAUGUAAUCAUGAACAAUGCACAGGAUGGAGUGAUCUACUUCAGUUUUGGAUCGAUUGUGACCCCCAGCAUUCUCGGAGAGGAGGAAACUCAAAUAUUCUUAUCCGUUCUGAAAGAGUUGAAUCAGACCGUUUUAUGGAAGACGGACUGGAACUCUACCGCCCAUGAUAUUCCGAAGAAUGUUUACACGAGGGAUUGGUUCGAUCAGAAGAGUAUCUUAGCUCAUCCUAGAUGCGUUCUAUUUCUGACUCACGGGGGUCUGUCGAGUUUGAUGGAAGCAAUUAAUUAUGCUGUUCCUGUCGUUGGAAUGUCAGUCUUCGGAGAUCAACCGAAGAAUCUGGCCUAUGCAGAGUAUCUCGGGUAUGGACUGCACAUACCCCACAAAGAUUUAACGCAGAACUCACUGCGUAGGGCACUCAGAACAGUUCUCCAGGAUGGCAGGUUUAAGGAAAACAUCAACAGAGCUUCGAAAAUCUUCCAAGACAAACCGAUGUCAUCAUUAGACACGGCUAUCUAUUGGAUAGAAUAUGCAAUUCGGCAUAAAGGUGCUCAUCAUUUAAAGCCCUUGGCGGUUCGAAUGCCCUGGUAUCAACUGUUCUUGUUAGAUAUUAUCACCGUAUGUUUCACAAUAUUCGUUGUUUUGUCCUACUUAAUGUUCAAGAUGAUCUCAUUAUUAUUAAGGAAAUAUUUUACUCGAUCGAGACCGUUAAAAGAAAAAAGUAACUGACAAAUUUG